AUGACAUCAUUUGAGUUGGAAGCCCUCAUAACUUAUGACAAGGAUGGGAGUGUUAGGUUGCUACCUGGGUACAAGUUUGAUCCAACUGAUGAGGUUCUAAUUCUUGUAAAUUUCUAUCUUAAGAGGAGGGCCUUCGCUCAACCUCUUCCUGUUCGAAUAAUCCCAAAUUUUGACGUUUUCCAGACUGAGCCUUGGGAGUUACCUGGAGGAGAUGGAAAAAAUUUCAAUGAACAGAAGUGCUUCUUCUACAACACCAUGGGUCGUGACCUUGAAAGCCUUGACAUGAGAGUUGCAGGGAGUGGCCAAUGGAAGGUUGUGGAGAAAGGAAAAUGUGUUCCUAUCCCUCGAAACAACGAGGUAAUUGGAAAGAGAAACACUCUAAUUUUCUGGGAGAUGCAAGGAGCCUCAGCUAGAAAGACAAAAUGGGUGAUGCAUCAGUUUCGUCUUGUGUUAGUAGCUAAACCAUCUAAGAUAUCGAACUGGGUUGUGUAUCGCAUAUUUAUGAAGAAGGAUGCAAAAAAAGAUGGAGAAUGCAAGUGGGUCUAA